CAAACCUUCAGAAGGAAAAAUGGAUCGCUUGUCUUGGCCAUCAGAAGCUAACAGCUUUCGACGUUUCACCCCUGAGUCCUUGGCAGCAAUUGAGCAAAGAAUUGCUGAGAAAAAAAAGCAGCCAGACAAAGAAAAAGAGAAGCAUAAGGACCAAGGAGUUGAAGAAGAACAACUUACUCCCCGGCUUGAUCUGCAAAUCUACAAAAAGCUGCCAUCCCUUUAUGGGGACAUUCCAUCAGAGCUCAUUGGGGAGCCCCUGAAGGAUUUUGAUCCAUACUACAGUGAUCACAAGACUUUUAUGGUGCUAAACAAACAGAGGACUAUUUUCCGGUUUACUGCCACACCUGCCUUGUGUAUAUUUGGUCCUUUUAAUCCAAUCAGAAAAGCAGCAAUUAAAAUUCUGACCAAUUCAUAUCCUUUUGCUGUCUUUAUUUUAUGUACCGUGUUAUUCAAUUGUGUGCUUAUGACUGUACCUGAUAUUCCACUACCACUCAUCUGGAUUGAAUGCGUUUUUACUGGCAUAUAUACUAUUGAAAUAUUAAUAAAAAUAGUAGCAAGAGGAUUUGUUUGGAAUGAAUUUACCUUCCUUCGAGAUCCGUGGAACUGCUUGGAUCUUUCUAUUGUUAUCAUAAUGCACGUUGCUGUAUUUAUAAUUAUAGGCAAUGUUUCACUUUUUGCAUCUGUCAGAGUGCUGAGGACUUUGAAAGCCAUUUCAGUAAUACCAGGUCUGAAAAUCAUCGUAAAUUCACUUGUUGAAUCUGUUAAGAAACUUGCUAACAUGAUGAUCUUUACUAUAUUUUGCUUGAGUAUAUUUGCCCUAAUAGGCCUCCAGCUUUUUAUGGGCAAUUUAAGAUUCAAAUGUAUCCUCAAUAAUACUGUGUACAAUGACUCAUUAUGUAAGGAUCCCAAGAUCUAUGUACCAAGUGAUGAAGGUAAAUGUUAUUCUUUUGUCUCUUUACAUAAGUUGUAUAUCUGCCACAGAAUGAAUGGCUCUUCUGACAUAUUGCUCUGUGGCUUCAGUUCAGAUCCUGAGAAAGAGUGCCCAGAAAACUAUACCUGCCAGAAAAUUGGGCAGAAUCCUGACUUUGGUUAUACAAGUUUUGAUCAUUUUGGCUGGGCCUUCCUCUCUGUAUUCCGUCUGAUGACACUGGAUUCCUGGGAGCGUCUCUACAGACAGACUAUCCGUACAUCUGGAGUGACCUCCUUUUUUUUUUUUGUGGUAUUCAUCCUUCUCUGCUCAUUUUAUCUCUUUAAUCUGAUCAUGGCUGUGGUAACUACUGCAUAUGAAGAGCAAAACAGAGCUGAAAGAGAGGUCAAGAAAAAACUACUUCAGGAUGCCCAAGACAUUAUAAAGAAAGAACAGGAGUUGGCUGCAGCAGAAAGCAGUAAGGCCUUGCAGGUUGGGUCUGAAAUGCCAGUUGAUGACUUGAAAAAUUCAAAAGGAAAUGAGAGUAAUAGAGAAACACUUAUUUUAAGACAAAACGCAAUUUUAGGUGAUCAGGAGAAAGAGGAGCAAAUAUUUCAUUCACAGCCUGGUCACUGCCACAAGGAGCUUAGGCAGAUCCUGCUGUCCUAUGAUGUGUCAGUGGACUCUAUUAAUGAUCCUUACCGAAGACAGAGGUUAAUGAGUGCAGCUGCUAUUCUUACAGACUUUUCAGAGUCAAAAGUGAAAUGUCCUGCAUUGUGGAAACGUUUUGCUCUGAAGUGUCUAGUUUGGAAUUGUUGUCCACUCUGCAGAGCAGUCAAAGAGAAGGUGAAAUUGGUGAUUUUGGAUCCAUUUGUUGAUCUCUUUAUCAUAGUUUGCAUUAUCUUGAACACCUUAUUGAUGGCUAUGGAGCACCCUGGCAUGUUGCCAGAAACCAGAAAAAUGAUUGCUAUAAGUGAUGAGGUCUUCACCCUGAUUUUUACACUAGAAAUGAUCUUGAAAAUCAUUGCUCUAGAUCCUUACUACUAUUUUCAGAACAAGUGGAAUGUUUUUGAUAGCUUGGUUGUUUUGAUUGGCCUACUGAGCUUUGGAACCAUUCUGUCACCUUUCAGAGUGAUCAGGAUCUUCAAAUUGGCAAAGUAUUGGCCAGCCUUAAAUACUCUUAUGAAAAUAAUUCUAAAGUUAUUUGGUGCUCUGAGUAACCUCACUCUGGUUUUGGCUAUCACUGUAUUUAUUUGUGCUGUACUAGGAAUGCAGCUUCUGGGCAGUAAUUAUGAAGAAAAAUUCCAUAAAAUAAGCACCAGUAAGGAUUUACGCUGGCAUAUGAAGGAUUUCAGUCAUUCAGUCCUGAUUAUAUUCCGAAUCUUAUGUGGAGAAUGGAUUGAAAUGAUGUGGGAAUGUAUGGAAGUGGCUGGACAGGGGAUCUGUAUUACCUUUUUCAUGCUAGUCCUGGUGAUAGGAAACCUGGUGGUGGUCAACUUGUUCAUUGCCUUGGUGAUGAGUUCAUUGAAUAUUGAUGCCUCAGGAGGACAAGAGGAACCUGGAGAAAGGACUAAAUGUCAGAUUGCCCUUGCACAGAUUCACCAGGGCCUGAAGUCUUUGAAAGACAGAAUUCUGGAUCCUUGUGGCAGAAAAAUGAAAGGAAGCCUCAGAAAAACAGAGAAAAAGAAGACUUUGGAAGAAAUUUCUGGCAAAAACAUAGAGGAUAAUAAUUAUGCCAUGACAGAUGUCAGAAAAUACAUAGACAACAAUUGCUUUGACAUAGAGUGUUACCAUAAUGAAGAGAAUUCCUCAAUAUCAAGGAAAUACGAAGAUCUUUCCAGCAGUCACAGUACCUGUGUUCCCAUUGCAAAAUCAGAGAGUUACAGUGACAAAAGUGAUGAUGAGCACUCUGUAGUCACAGAAACAGAACACAGAAAACAGGUAAGAACUGUUCAUAGCUUUUCGGAAGCCAGUAGUGUGGAUGCAGUUGUUGGUCUGGAGAUGUUUUUCCACACUGAAAACUCACACCUGCCUAAGGACUGUUUUGGAGAAAAUUGUGGUAAAUGUUUCCCAUGUUGUGUAGUGGAUAUCACUAAGUUUCCAGGCAGAAGUUGGUGGAACUUCAGGAAAACCUGCUACAGAAUUGUUAACCAUAGCGGGUUUGAAUAUUUUAUGGUUUUUGUGAUAGUAUUGAGCAGUGCAGCACUGGCAUUUGAAGAUAUUCACCUGCAGAAUAGAAAAACAGUGAAAAUGAUCCUAGAUUAUGCUGACAAAGUAUUUACCUACAUCUUUUUGAUGGAGAUGCUUCUGAAAUGGGUAGCUUAUGGAUUGCAGAGUUACUUCACAAAUUCUUGGUAUUUGCUUGACUUUGUCAUUGUAUGUUUGUCAUUUGUUUCCUGGGGACUAAAUCCUGGUACAGAAGGCAAGGCACGUUGUUCCUCUGGAAGUGGCCUGAAAUCUCUCAGGACUCUUAAAGCAUUGAGGCCUCUACGAGCUUUGUCAAGAUUUGAAGGGAUAAAGGUUGUUGUCAAUGCACUCCUCGGAGCUAUCCCCUCAAUCUUCAAUGUUUUGCUCGUCUGUGUUGUCUUUUGGCUCCUAUUUAACAUUUUAGGAGUAAAAUGGCUUGGGAAAAGAUUUUCAAAGUGCAUACUCCAGGAAGGAAAUAUCAGUCUCAUUAAUAACAAAACUGAUUGUGAGUUUCAUGGUGGAAAAUGGACAAAUUCUCCUGUAAACUUUGAUGAUGUUGGGAUGGGAUACUUGGCUCUGCUCCAAGUGGCAACUUUUAAAGGUUGGAUGGAUAUUAUGUAUGCAGCAGUGGAUUCACGUCAGAUCAAUGAACAGCCAAAGUUUGAAGCAAGCUUACACAUGUACAUAUACUUUGUGGUUUUCAUUAUUUUUGGAUCUUUCUUCAUGUUGAACCUUUUUGUUGGAGUGGUUAUCAGCAAUUUUAACCAACAGAGGAAAAAGAUAAGUGGAAAGGAUCUAUUUUUGACUGAGGAACAGAAAAAGUACUAUAAUGCCCUAAAAAAACUUGGAUCCAAGAAACCUCAAAAACCCAUCCCAAGACCAUUGGUGAGAUUAUCUUAAGUAGAACAUGGCAGAAGAUACAACGAUGGUGACAAUAUUUGAACUCAGUAGCCCAGGCACAGGGAAAUAAACUUUGCCUU